ACAGUUCAUGUUGCUGUUUUUGUGUCGCUGAUUUGAUUAAAGCGGUGCAGUGAGGUUUCGUGGAUUGUAUUUAUACAAGUUUAUAAAUUGUGUUUUACAAAAUUAACAUAAAUUAUGCUUGUGUACUAGAAGCUGUGUGUAAGUUGUGUGGACAUAUACGUGAUUAUUACAAAUAAUGUAAUUACUAAAAGACAGCAAGAUAACUAGUUUUUGUGUCGAGUGGUUUCAAAUUGACUCUUGACGUCACGAAAGGUGACCAAUCAAUUGAGACCGAAGAUUGUGUAGUAACUGAGAGUUUUAUUAUGAUCUGAAACGUUUGUUGCUGAAAUCAGAUGUUGAGUGGAUCACAGCACGUGAGCGUAUGUUUGAAAUAUGCUUUUGAAAUGUACUGCAGAUGGGCGACGGAUCAAAGUGAACGGGGCGCCGGUCGGCCAAGGAAAUGUAGCGAGAGGCAUGAAAAUGACUAUGUCCACGACAGCGACGAUGAGCGCGCGAGUGCACAGGAAAGUGAUAAAUAAGCGCGUGCACCCGGGAAAAUCUACGCUUCCUGGAAAGAUGCUGCACGCUGGCAAGAUGGCGCACCCGGGGAAGAACGCAAACAACCCGGGCAAAUUUGCGCACCUCGGCAAAUUCGGGAAACUAGCACAUUACGCACAUGCACACUCAUUGCGACCACCGGAGCCGUGUGAGAACAGUAACGACAGCGGGCUCGGUCCGGACCACUUCAACAGGUGAGAGAGACUAGUAUUUGGUCUUUGUCACUGCUUUGUUAUUGUUUUAACUUGCGCCAAUCGUGCUUUAACCGCUAUCGCAGUUAAUGUGUGAACCAUCACAGUAUUAACCAAGAACUAACACUCACGCGUGUACACCAAAUGUGUGAAAUAUUCAUCGCUUACACGAGGCGUUGCCCAGAUUCACCCAUUUGGUUUUUAGAAAUGUUUCGUUAGUAUUAAUUUGUUAGGUGCGGCAAUGUAUAAGCCAUAUAUAUUUACUAAAUAAUGUUAACUCGGCUAAAACAAAAAAGGGGCUAAAAUGUCAGACAUGUGACUCAAGGAAGCAACUACAAGUAGAUAUCUACAUGAUACUUAAUAUUUUCGUCUUUGGCUAGUUGUAUUUUUUUACAUGUUUGUUAAUUUGCAUCUCAUCAUCAUUACAUCCAUUCACAAGUCCAUUGCUGAACAUAGAUCUUAAGCUUCUUCAUUCCGUCAGCAACGGCAAUGUGUGUGUGUCACUCUCAAUAACUUGCAGUGUUUGUCCAAAGUUGUCCUUUUUUACCUAUUAUAAGCCAGUGCUUGAGUGUGUAUGUCACUCUCAAUAACUUGCAGUGUUUGUCCAAAAUCGUCCUUUUACCUAUAAUAAGCCAGUGGUUGGGUGUGUGUGUCACUCUCAAUAACUUGCAGUAUUUGUCCAAAGUCGUCCUUUUUUACCUAUUAUAAGCCAGUGCUUGAGUGUGUAUGUCACUCUCAAUAACUUGCAGUGUUUGUCCAAAAUCGUCCUUUUUACCUAUAAUAUGCCAGUGCUUAGGUGUGUGUGUCACUCUCAAUAACUUGCAGUAUUUGUCCAAAGUUGUCCUUUUUACCUAUUAUAAGCCAGUGCUUGAGUGUGUAUGUCAGUCUCAAUAACUUGCAGUGUUUGUCCAAAAUCGUCCUUUUUUACCUAUAAUAAGCCAGUGCUUGGGUGUGUGUGUCACUCUCAAUAACUUGCAGUAUUUGUCCAAAGUUGUCCUUUUUUACCUAUUAUAAGCCAGUGCUUGAGUGUGUAUGUCACUCUCAAUAACUUGCAGUGUUUGUCCAAAAUCGUCUUUUUUUACCUAUAAUAAGCCAGUGCUUGGGUGUGUGUGUCACUCUCAAUAACUUGCAGUGUUUGUCCAAAGUCGUCCUUUUUACCUAUUAUAAGCCAGUGAUUGAGUGUGUGUGUUACUCUCAAUAACUUGCAAUAUGUGUCCAAAGUUGUCCUUUUUUACCUAUUAUAAGCCAGUGCUUGAGUGUGUGUGUCACUCUCAAUAACUUGCAGUAUUUGUCCAAAGUUGUCCUUUUUUACCUAUUAUAAGCCAAUGCUUGAGUGUGUGUGUCACUCUCAAUAACUUGCAGUGUUUGUCCAAAGUUGUCCUUUUUUACCUAUUAUAAGCCAGUGCUUGAGUGUGUGUGUCACUCUCAAUAACUUGCAGUAUGUGUCCAAAGUCGUCCUUUUUUACUCAUUAUAAGCCAGUGCUUGACUACAAUCCCACCUGGUGGUAAAUGGUGGUGAAGAUCUAGAUCUUAAAUCAUACUGUCUUACCGUAACAAAAGCCCAUUCACUUUUGCUUUGAAAACGCUUGGAUUGUACUCGGCACCACUAGCAACGUGGCAACACUCACAGGUUGUUCACUCUUGUUUUUAAGUUUUGAGGAAUAUAUGACGAGAAGAUGUGUCGUAAUUUCUUCCCAGCUAAGAUGAAUUGAAUCCAUUAUGUAGACCCCUUGGUCUAAGUAGGACUUACCUCUUCGGACAACUACUUACGUAGGACCAUCGAUAUAUAUGUACUACGUACUAGAUUUCGCAUCCCGAACAUACACUAUGUUCAACUGAACUGUACUGCAAUCCGUACAGUGUGUCAUUUAGUGUGGUUUCAAUCUACUAGUUAGUCUGUGGUUUCAAUAUACAUGCAGUGUGGAGCGUCGCUAAUAAUACAAAAUUUCAAAUUAAAGUUUAAAGGUCGCUGCAUACGUAACGUGUGUUAUUCCGGACGGAGCAGGACGUCAAAUUUUGGAAAUAUCGUUCCAUAGAAAAUGUAUGUAAAAAUGCAUACGUUACGGAUGCGCGGACGGGACGGGGACGUGGCUUGAAAGGAACGAGAAAAAUAUCGUCGGCGACGAUGUUUACCCCGUCCCGUCCCGUGCGCGCCACGUCCCGUCCGUGGAUUCGCUGCGUAUGCACAGUCGAUCCGUCAACUCUUCAAACGAAAAUCCACCUUUCACAACACUAGCACGUUAGUUUCGAGUUGCGUAUAUAUUAAACUCCCCUCCAUGUGGAGAUUCAGCCAAGUUCCGUUUCCGUCCCGUGCACAUGCUGAUUCCGUCCUGUAUGUAGCGACCUUAAAUUAAAAACUGACCGUGCAGGCGCAACGCGCUUAAAUCAACUGCGCAUGCAAACUCACUACAUGCGACUCUACUAUCUCCCGCGCAUGCGUGAAGACAUAGAGUAGUGCACAUUUUUUGUUUAGAAAGGCUUCUCUAGUACGUAGUACAUAUAACUCAAUGCCUAGGACAUAUACUCCGUCUACUUCCGUAACCGUGUAGUGGCAGUGUAAGAGAAUCCACUGCCCUAUGUAAUUCCGUGGGUGUCGUAAGCGACAGAGGGAAACUGAAACAGGAAAUGGAGAGGAGCAUCUUUAAACUUUAUAUUUCUAAUUUGUUUUGUGUGGUUAAUUGUGAUAACAUGAUUGUAAGCUGUUAUUUAAAACAAAAAACCCGCUGGGUUUCUAGCUUGUUCUUCCCAGAACAGAGGUUUUUUUCGAACCAGUAGUAAUUAAACAAAAGAGUGACUUUCAAUAAGUAUUAUUUAUAAUCUAUAUUGAAUGAAAAAGUUUCUGUGUCUGUUAC